ACACACGUUGAGUCCUUAUCAGGAGGGGCAGGAAAGAAUUUUCUUUGCCCUACGCUCUGGAGAAACUUGUUGGCUGUUGUUACUUUCCUAAAAUCCCACUCCCCCACCCAACCUGUCAGUGCUAGGAGAACUACUACUGGCAUCCAUUCUCAGUUCUUUCUUCCCUUGGAUGAAAACAGUGCUCGGAUCUUCAAGUUGAUCUUCCUUAUUACACGUAAACUCUCUUGAGUGCCUAUAAAGAAAAGCUUGUCAGAGGAGGCAAAGGAGCCACACUAGUCACUACUGGGCACCCACAGCCUUGGACUGGAGGAGUAAUAGGACUCAUUCACCAACUGAAUAAUGAAUAAUCUGACAGAAGGGUCAACAUUUCCUGAAGGGGAAGGCUUGAUGCCACAGAAUCCUUGCAUCGACAGCCCUGACUUUACUGAAAUCUCAGAUCCGAUCCGUUACACCAGUUUUGUGUUAUCUGUACUCACCUGUGUCCUGGGCUUAGUGGGCAAUGCUCUUGUUAUCUGGGUUACCGGAUUCCACAUGAAGAAACACGUUGGCAAGAUUUGGUUCCUGAACUUGGCUGUGGCAGAUAUUGUCUUUGUCUUCUGUUUGCCUCUUUAUUGUGUUGCCUUAUUUACAGACAAGUGGCUAUUCGGACGAUAUCUAUGUAAAGUAUAUAAUUAUGUAUCUACGUGUAAUAUGUAUGCAAGUAUUUUUAUCAUAACUACCCUAACCAUCAACAGGGUUUUGGCGACGGCUAAACCAAUAUGGCAUCAUAAGUUUAGCUCUCGCUGUAUUUGUUACGCAACCUGUACAGUGAUUUGGGUAAUAACAGCUCUGUCCAGCCUUCCCAUAUUCUUUUUAAGCGAUGAAGUUAUUUAUCAGGAAAAUGUGCAGUGCAAACUGGUUUAUGUUAAACAGAGAAUAACUACACACAGACUUAGCAACAGAGACUUAACUGCACCACCCAGUUUUGGAGCACUUCUAGAUACUUAUCUUGCACCCCAAUCAGCAUGCGAAGUGGAUAUUGCAGAAACAUACUUUUUAACAAACUGCGUUAUAAUUCCUUUUCUAGUGGUUGGUUACUUUAUCCCAUUGUUUGUCAUACUAUUUUCCAAUGUAAUUAUUGCUCAGCAAGUGAGAAAGUCCGAGUCAGUGAAUACUUCCAGACUGUACAGAAUUAUAAUAACAGUGAUUCUGGUGUCCAUUUAUAACAUGGACACCAGUGGUUAUAGCACAGAUUAUUUUGCUGGUCUCUCUGCACAAUCGCAACCUUAUACUCAUGUCUCAGAUGCACAGGUUUAUGCCUCUAAUGACCAGCAUAGCUUAUACUAACUCCUGUAUAAACCCUUUCAUAUAUGCACUGGUUGGUACUCAGCUUAGAGCAGAAAUUACAGAUUUCAUAAGUAGCAAAAUACUUUCAAGAAGCUCAACCUCUGGAAAAUGUUAUGCGGAACCAUAAUAAAUUAUUAUAAUACAGGUUUGAGAUGCAUUAUCCGGAAAUCCAUUAUCCACUAAGCUCUGAAUUACGG